AUGCCGCUCAGCCUAAAUACCUUUGCUGCAGAACAGUCUGCAGGCCGUCAGAUUGAAGAAGUGAUCGUCACCGCUGAGCGGCGUGAAGCUUCCAUUCAAGACACGUCUAUCUCCAUCACCGCUUUUACCGGUGAAAUGCUGGAUGACUUCGGUAUCCGCAACCAGGAAGACCUGCAGAACUUCAUUCCUGCAACCACCAUUCAGCCUUAUGACGCAACCAUUCGCGGCGUCGGCCGAAACUUCCGUGCAUUAGGCGGCGACCCGGGUGUUGCAACCUACAUGAACGGUGUUUACUCAGAAGAUCUGUUGACUGCAACCGCGGCGACCUUCUGGGAUGUGGAGCGUAUUGAGGUUUUACGUGGCCCACAGGGCACGCUGUACGGACGCAAUGCGGUGGGCGGUGCCAUUAACAUCCUCUACAAAGAGCCCACCCAUGAAUUUGAUUACGCUGUGAAAGGCAUUGUGGGUAAUUUUGGCACGGCUGAAACGUAUGGCAUGCUUAAUGGCAGCAUCAUCGAAGAUAAACUGGCUGCGCGAAUUAAUUUCAGUAUUCGUGAUCGCGAUGGCGUGAUUGAAGACAUCGGCCCAGGCGAUGACAUUGAUGGUCUCGGCACCGCAAACGUGGCCGCGCAGUUUUACUUUACCCCUACGGACACGUUGUCAAUGAAUCUGCGUUACAACGAAAUGUCUAUUGAUCGCAGCAUGGGUGGUGCCAACGGUGCCGGCCAGGUUGUUUUAAACGAAGAAGGCCAGCCUUUCCGCAAUACCAAUGCAAUUGUGCCUGGUUAUCGCGCGAUUGAUCGAACCAAUACAGACUCAGCAAACUUCAGCGAUAAUGACUGGUUUGAUCCGUCUGCGCCGGUACUCAACUUUACGAACCCGACUACGGGCGCCCUUGUAGAAGGACAGCGUAACCGUUUGGGUGUUGACGUUGCAGAGUUUGAUGGAUUUCGUAAUGCAGCAGCUUCGCUAGACAGCUUUGGCGUCACCAGCGCGGAAAGUGCAGCGCGAUAUAACGAAUGUGUGUUUGCCGGUGAUAUCUCGGGCGAUGAUCUGUGUACCGCAACCAACGGUGUGAACAAAGAACGUUUUGACCAGGAAGGCAUUCAGUUCACCACAACCUGGGAUGCCUCAGAUGCUCUGCAGGUGAAAUACAUCUACGGACACAACACACUGGUCUAUGCCCGCACCACGGAUGAUGACAACACCGCAAGCUUGAUUCAGGAUCGCCAGUUUUAUGUUAAUCACGAGGCGACCUAUUCGUCCCAUGAAUUUCAGGUGUUCUAUGACUUCAACGACACUAUGUCGGUGACCUCAGGUAUCUUUUUCUAUGAAGCGGAAAUUGACCAGCGUGGAGAUUACUACUCAACUGUAGGUGAAGAUCGAUACAUCAACCCCUAUGUCGAUUCAUCGGGUAUCUAUGCACCGAUUAUAGCUGCGAUCCCAGGUGCAAUUGGUGCAGGUACCUUCAACGGGGAGAUGCCCACUCUGCAUUCCGCGCGUGCACUUUGCCAGGAUCCGGCGACCCGCCUGCCCCAGUGUGCGGUGAACUACGCAACCCGCAACCCUGCGCCAGCUGAGAACAACAACCUGCAUAUCGGGCUCUGGGAAGGUGACAGUGGUCAGAAUGGUGAUCUGAACGUAUCUCACGGUCCCAAUACCCUGGGUAGCGAUCUGCUUUACCAUACGGAAACUAAGCGUGAUGCAUUUGCUGUAUAUACCCAAGGGGUUUGGGACAUCAACGAAGACUUCACCUUGACGGUAGGUAUUCGUUAUGCAGAAGACGAAGUGGAUGCACAGGAAAACCUGUUUCGCUACACAGAAUCUGCACCGGGCUUCCUGCCAUUUUUUGGAAGCUCUAUCUUUGACUUCAACCUUGCUAACGGUGGUCUUGUGGUAGACCCCACAGCGCCUGGCGGCUAUCGUGGUACCCGUAGUGCGGUGAACGGUGGCGUUCCAGCUGCGGUCAGUGUCUAUCGUGCCUUCAGCAGAACGGACAAAGAAACCACCGGUCGAAUUAAUCUCGAUUGGAACGUGACUGACAACACGUUGCUGUAUUUGUCUGCCACAUCUGGCUACCGUUCUGGUGGUAACAACCUGGUGUUCUUCAGUGCCACACCGGCUUACGAUCCUGAAGAGCUGAUUGCUUAUGAGUUUGGUUACAAGUCGCAGCUGCUGGAUGGUUCUCUGCAGUUGAACGGAUCGUUCUACUACUACGAUUAUGAAUCCAUUCACACCGUUGCUACCGAAGUCACACCGCCAUUGGUUGCCGGUGGUGCGCCGGGUACCACUACUUCUGUAUUACCUGCGCCAGGUGCCGAGAUUUUUGGUAUCGAAGCGGAAGCCAUGUGGCUGGCGACAGACAACUUGACCUUGGGCGGCAACUUCAGCUACACACCCAGUGAAUACACUGAAGACUUAUUCCUGCAGGACCCUGCUGAAGUUAAUACGCCAGUAUCUAUAUUCCCAGAUGCAAAUGCGUUAACACAGAACAUUAACGGCAACCAGGUUGUACAGGUACCUGAACUCAAGUACACCGCCUGGGGCAGCUAUGCUUUCCCACUGGGGAACGGCUCACGCCUUGAACUUCUGGGUGUAUAUAACUGGAUUGAUGAAGUGUACUACUCACCGUUUGAAAGCACCGGUGAGCGUGCUAAAGCCUAUGACCGUUUGGAUCUGCGGGCAACCUGGACCUCUCCAGAUUCACAUUGGAUUGUGUCAGGCUUCGUGAAUAAUGUUUUUGAUGACAUCGGUGUGCUGCAGAUUCUGCGUGAAGGUGAAGCGGAAAUGUUCCGUCGAUCUGCAGGUACAACAGUACCCCGCCUGUUUGGACUGGAAGUGACUUAUUCUCUGGGUCAGCUUUAA